CAUCUAACUCCUGUGUGUGUGUUAAUGUUUUUCUCUCUGCUGAGGCUUACUUCUCCAGCCUAUUGUUUGAGACAACAGAUAUAAGUUGCGAUGGGAGAGGAGCGUCGGAUUUGGUGUGUAUCCCCCAUUUCCAAUUAUAGAUGGAUCAUUACAGACAGCGGAGUCCUGAGAAGCCAGACAUCUGCUCCUCACAUGAAUGCACUCACCUCCUAGAGACCAGGCUGCCAUCAUGCUCUGGAAGCUUGUGGAGAAUGUCAAGUACGAAGAUAUCUAUGAGGACCGGCACGAUGGCGUCCCGAGCCACAGCUCCAGGCUCUCCCAGCUGGGCUCGGUAUCCCAAGGACCUUACUCCAGCGCCCCGCCGCUGUCCCACACCCCGUCGUCAGACUUCCAGCCGCCCUACUUCCCGCCUCCCUACCAGCCGCUCCCCUACCAUCAGAGCCAGGAUCCCUACUCCCACGUCAACGACCCCUACUCCCUGAACCCACUGCACCAGCCCCAGCAGCAUCCCUGGGGGCAACGGCAGCGGCAAGAAGUGGGUUCGGAAGCCGGCUCUCUCCUGCCCCAGCCUCGGGCAGCCUUGCCCCAGCUCUCGGGCCUCGACCCCCGGAGGGACUACCACUCGGUCCGCCGGCCUGACGUGCUGCUGCAUUCGGCGCACCACGGCCUGGACGCGGGCAUGGGUGACAGCCUCUCGCUGCACGGCCUCGGCCAUCCCGGAAUGGAAGACGUCCAGUCAGUUGAAGAUGCCAAUAACAGCGGCAUGAAUCUAUUGGACCAGUCUGUCAUAAAAAAAGUUCCGGUUCCUCCCAAAUCUGUGACUUCUCUGAUGAUGAAUAAAGAUGGCUUCCUGGGAGGCAUGUCCGUCAACACCGGCGAGGUAUUUUGCUCGGUCCCGGGCCGUUUGUCUCUGCUCAGUUCCACUUCAAAGUACAAAGUAACUGUGGGGGAAGUUCAGAGACGGCUUUCGCCCCCCGAAUGCCUCAAUGCGUCUCUCCUCGGCGGCGUCCUCAGAAGAGCCAAAUCGAAAAAUGGGGGGAGAUCUUUGCGAGAAAGGCUAGAAAAAAUCGGUUUGAAUUUACCCGCGGGCAGGCGCAAAGCAGCAAAUGUCACGUUACUCACCUCCCUGGUGGAAGGGGAAGCUGUUCACUUAGCUCGAGAUUUUGGGUAUAUCUGUGAAACGGAGUUUCCUGCUAAAGCUGUUUCUGAGUAUUUGAACCGGCAGCACACCGACCCCAGUGACCUGCACUCCCGAAAGAAUAUGCUGCUGGCUACCAAGCAACUCUGUAAAGAAUUUACGGAUCUGCUGGCGCAGGACCGGACGCCAAUCGGGAACAGCAGGCCUAGCCCCAUCCUGGAGCCGGGGAUCCAGAGCUGCCUCACGCACUUCAGCCUCAUCACGCACGGCUUCGGCGCCCCAGCCAUUUGCGCUGCGCUCACGGCACUGCAGAACUAUCUCACCGAGGCGCUCAAAGGCAUGGACAAGAUGUUCUUGAACAACACCACCACUAACAGGCACACGUCUGGGGAAGGCCCAGGUAGUAAAACUGGCGACAAGGAGGAGAAACACAGGAAAUGAAAAAUUAAAAAAAAAAAAAAAGAAAAAGAAAAAUGUUUUAAAUACAAAAGGAAAACAGAAAAAAAUUUAAUUUUAGCUUUAAAAUGUUGGAUUGGCUUUGGAAGAAUUAUAUUAGGUAGAAUACACAUACAAUCAAAUUUUAAAAAAAGAGCUAAAUAACUUUAAAAAAAACUGAGGCGUACAACGGAGCAACAGUAUCGGUUCUCAGUGUCUAUCUCAAGAUACACUUGGAGACAAACGUCCGGAUUUUCCACUUCGGUUCUUUCGAGCUUAGUAAUACUGAUAAUAAAAGAAAACCAUGAUUUUCCCCCUUUGGAAAAUAAACAUAAGACUAAACAUGAGAAAACGCUAACUUAUUGGAAGAAAAUCGGAGAAACAUUGUUGGUGUCAGUGCUUUGAGAGUUGGUUGACUGAGACGCACGAACUUUUUAAUUUUUAAUAUUUUUUUAGAAAACUCUCUUGCAGUCCCCACCCUUCCACCUCACCUCACCCCUCUCCCAGCCACCCUUUUCUACGUUGCCCUCCCUCCCUCAAGCUGUCACGGGAAUUUUCUGGGAUGAAAAUGAGUGUGGUUAGCCCCUUUGCGUUGUGUUUCAGUCCCC